AUAGUUUGUCUCAGAAACCCUAGAUCUACUCCUUGCUCCUUUUCCUUAGCCGUCGCUUCUAUUAUUGUUGUCAAUGGCUGGAAAGGGAGAAGGACCGGCGAUCGGAAUCGAUCUUGGCACUACCUACUCGUGCGUCGGAGUAUGGCAGCACGACAGAGUGGAGAUCAUAGCCAACGACCAAGGGAACCGGACGACUCCGUCGUAUGUGGGUUUCACGGAUACGGAGCGUUUGAUCGGCGACGCCGCCAAGAACCAGGUCGCGAUGAACCCCCUAAACACAGUAUUUGAUGCUAAGCGAUUAAUUGGAAGGAGAUUCAGUGAUUCUUCAGUCCAAAGUGACAUUAAGCUCUGGCCGUUCAAGGUCAUUCCUGGUCCUGGUGAUAAGCCCAUGAUUGUGGUGAACUACAAGGGUGAGGAGAAGCAGUUUGCUGCUGAGGAAAUCUCAUCCAUGGUGCUCAUUAAGAUGCGUGAGAUUGCUGAGGCCUACCUUGGGUCCACUGUGAAGAAUGCUGUUGUUACUGUUCCUGCCUACUUUAAUGACUCCCAGCGUCAGGCUACAAAGGAUGCUGGCGUCAUUGCUGGCCUUAAUGUCAUGCGUAUCAUCAAUGAGCCCACUGCUGCUGCCAUUGCCUAUGGUCUUGACAAGAAGGCAACCAGUGUUGGUGAGAAGAACGUGUUGAUUUUUGAUCUGGGUGGUGGUACUUUUGAUGUUUCAUUGCUUACCAUUGAAGAGGGUAUCUUUGAAGUUAAGGCCACUGCUGGUGACACUCACCUUGGAGGUGAAGACUUUGACAACAGAAUGGUUAAUCACUUUGUUCAGGAGUUUAAGAGAAAGAACAAGAAGGAUAUUAGUGGGAACCCAAGAGCUUUAAGAAGGUUGAGGACUGCUUGUGAGAGGGCAAAGAGGACUCUGUCAUCUACUGCCCAGACUACCAUUGAAAUUGAUUCUCUUUAUGAGGGUAUUGAUUUCUAUUCAACUAUUACUCGUGCAAGGUUUGAGGAACUCAACAUGGAUCUUUUCAGAAAGUGCAUGGAGCCUGUUGAGAAGUGUUUGAGGGAUGCUAAGAUGGACAAGAGUACUGUCCAUGAUGCUGUUCUUGUUGGUGGUUCUACUAGGAUUCCAAAGGUACAGCAGUUAUUGCAGGACUUCUUCAAUGGGAAGGAGCUUUGCAAGAGCAUUAAUCCAGAUGAGGCUGUUGCUUAUGGUGCUGCUGUCCAGGCUGCCAUCUUGAGUGGUGAGGGUAAUGAGAAGGUCCAAGAUCUAUUGCUUUUGGAUGUCACUCCCCUGUCUCUUGGAUUGGAAACUGCAGGUGGUGUCAUGACUGUUUUGAUUCCAAGGAACACCACCAUUCCAACCAAAAAGGAGCAGGUGUUCUCCACCUAUUCAGAUAACCAACCUGGUGUCUUGAUCCAAGUUUAUGAGGGUGAGAGAGCAAGAACCAGGGACAACAACUUGCUAGGUAAAUUUGAGCUUUCUGGUAUUCCUCCAGCUCCAAGGGGUGUUCCUCAGAUCACUGUUUGCUUUGAUAUUGAUGCCAAUGGUAUCUUAAAUGUCUCUGCCGAGGAUAAGACUACUGGUCAGAAGAACAAGAUCACAAUCACCAAUGAUAAGGGUAGGUUGUCCAAGGAUGAAAUUGAAAAGAUGGUGCAGGAGGCGGAGAAGUACAAGGCUGAGGAUGAGGACCACAAGAAGAAGGUUGAUGCCAAGAAUUCUCUGGAGAACUAUGCUUACAACAUGAGGAACACUGUUCGGGAUGAGAAGAUCAGCUCAAAGCUUGCUGCAGCUGACAAGAAGAAGAUUGAGGAUGCGAUUGAUCAGGCCAUUCAGUGGCUGGAUGCUAACCAGCUUGCGGAGGCAGAUGAGUUUGAAGACAAGAUGAAGGAGCUCGAGAGCAUCUGCAAUCCUAUCAUUGCCAAGAUGUAUCAAGGAGCAGGUGCUGACAUGGGUGCUGGCAUGGACGAGGAUGUUCCUCCAGCCAGUGGCAGUGGCGCCGGUCCCAAGAUUGAGGAGGUCGACUAAUUGAAGCGAUGGUAUGGUGGUGGCCUUUUGUUGUGACUUCUUUAGAAGUCUAAUUCAUUUUUCCUGUCUUUGAGUAAUGGAUAUUAUUGUUUCCCCUUGAGGGUUCUUUUGCAUUUGGGCAUUUUCUUAGUGAUUGAUGUUCCCCCUUAAGGGUUCUACACAUUUUUCUUUGAAUUAAUUCUGCAUUUGGAUGUUUUCUUAUACCAUGAUGGUUUUAUGUUCUAUGCCCUCUCUAGUUCUAUAAAAGUGUUUUUUUAGU